AUGGCUGCACACAAGCUGGCCCGCCGUAUCGCCAUCCGACCCAAGCACUCUCCCAGCUACGGCCCUGUCGAGAACCGCCCCUUUGUGGGUAGCGUGAUGAUCGUCAACAACACCGACGCUGAGUCAAUCCGCUCGAAGCUGAAGUCUGAUAUUUACACGCAGGAGGGGAUAUGGGACUUGGAGAAUUCCGAAAAUCUCCCAUUUCAUAUGCUGGAACGGACCCCGGCGAAGUUGGAAAAGUAG